AUGGCGAAAGCAGAGUCCUCGAAAGCGGGCGCCCGCAACGGUAUCAAGGCAAAUCCCAAUGUUGUCGGUGGCGCAAACUACGAGCUUCCAUGGGUUGAGAAGUAUCGCCCCGUCUUCCUCGAUGAUGUUGUUGGUAACACCGAAACAAUCGAGCGCCUUAAGAUCAUCGCUAAAGAUGGAAAUAUGCCGCACGUUAUCAUCUCCGGGAUGCCCGGUAUUGGAAAGACAACCUCCAUCCUCUGCCUCGCGCGACAACUCCUUGGUGACGCCUACAAAGAAGCCGUACUAGAGCUCAAUGCCUCAGAUGAGCGUGGUAUCGACGUGGUUAGGAAUAGAAUAAAAGGCUUUGCACAAAAGAAAGUGACGCUACCGCCAGGAAGACAAAAGCUCGUAAUCCUGGACGAGGCCGACAGCAUGACAAGCGGCGCACAGCAGGCGCUCCGAAGAACGAUGGAAAUCUACAGUGCAACCACACGCUUCGCAUUUGCCUGCAAUCAAUCCAACAAGAUCAUCGAGCCCCUCCAAUCUCGCUGUGCUAUCCUCCGAUACGCCCGUCUUACGGACGCACAAGUUGUCCGCCGCAUCCUGCAAAUCUGCGAAGCUGAAAAGGUGGAGUAUUCGGAUGACGGUAUCGCUGCGCUUGUAUUUUCCGCCGAGGGUGAUAUGCGACAAGCUAUCAACAAUCUCCAAUCGACGCAUGCUGGAUUCGGUUUCCUAAAUGGGGAUAAUGUUUUCAAAGUGGUGGACAGUCCACAUCCAAUAAAAGUCCAGGCUAUGAUAAAGGCAUGCCAUGAGUGUAGGGUAGAUGAUGCGUUAACAGCGCUGAAGGAACUGUGGGGUUUGGGAUAUUCGUGCCAUGAUAUUAUAAGUACCAUGUUCAAGGUCACCAAGACCAUCCCAGACUUGAGUGAGCAUGCUAAACUGGAGUUUAUCAAGGAAAUCGGAUUCACUCACAUGCGCAUCCUCGAAGGCGUUCAAACCCUCCUUCAGCUCUCUGGAUGCAUAGCGCGACUGUCAAAGAUCAACAUGAACCCCCAACUUUUUACGGUUCCAACCAAAUAA